AUGUUUUGGUCAUACUUGGGUAUAUUCGCAUUGAAAACAUUGAGAGACGCACCGGUCGACGAAUCAAAAAUAACAGAAGACACUCCAUGGUUCAGACGAAUUAAUUUAGGACAAAAUAAAUAUAGAAAUACUUUAGGAGCUGUAGCAAUAUUAAUAGGUACUGGAUCAUUAACCAUGAUAUGGUUGUACACUCUGAGGUCAGUUCGUUAUUUAAUUCUAAACAAAGGAGGGAGACAUUUGACUUUUAUCACUUAUGGCCCUUUUGGUAAGAACAGGAUUAUGAAGGUGCCAAUAGAAUGUGUGUGCUCCAAAGAAAGUAGAAAAAUUGCUAAAGUACAACUGCCUUUAAAAGUAAAGAAUACUUUGAUGCAUUACAUGUUGGAUAUGAGAGGUGAAUUUAAAAAUCCAAUGCUGUUUGAUUCAACCGCAGGAUUGAAAAGGACUUGGUAG